UAUAAAUCUCGAAGAGAGAAGAAGAGAAGCAGACUUCAUUUCAGUCCACUAAAAACAUGGUCGGUAGGGUCUGGUUUUUCCUCUUCUUGGCCCUGUUUUUCCUCUUUUCAAAGGCCAGAUCAACUAAUCCGCAGCCCCAAGAACUCAAAUCUCUCAAGAUCCAAAACACUCAGAGCGCAAGGGGUUGUUCAUAUGUAGUAAGCAUAAAGACAAGCUGUUCUUCCAGAUCAUUCACCAGAGAUAUGGUCAGCCUUGCUUUCGGCGAUGCCUACGGUAAUCAGAUAUAUGUGCCAAGGUUGGACGAUCCAGAUUCUCGGACAUUUGAGCGGUGUUCGACGGAUACAUACACCCUAUCGGGGACUUGUAUGUAUAAGAUAUGUUAUCUGUAUCUCCUGAGGAGAGGAUCGGAUGGAUGGAAACCAGAGUCGGUGAAGGUCUACCCUCCAAAUUCGAAGGCGAUCACAUUUAAAUAUAACAUGUUCCUUCCCAAUGGCGUUUGGUAUGGUUUUAAUUCUUGCAAUGGUGUUUCUUCCCACAUUAAUGGUACUGGAAAUCUUAUCUCACAAAUGUAAGGGGUUUUAUGCAAAUUUUAGGACUUGUUAAUGCUUUA